AGUUGACCCAGCAAAGCACAUGAUGUAUCUUAACAAUGGUUUCGUGGAAACGGCAACCUCUAUUGACUUUCAUGUGUGAAAGAUGGCCUCAUCUCUUUGUCUAUAAGUACACAUCUAGACACCAACCCAAAUCUCAGAUCACAAUCCCUUCGAUCAGUUGUCUGUUUGCUAAUCGUCGGUUUAUCGGAUUUUUGUGUCAUAAUGGUUAACGAUAGCACCAUGGACACGCAGAAUCAUCAAUACAACGACAAGGUUGACAACAGAACUGAGAAGGAGAAAGCCAUCGACGCCUGGCUUCCGAUUACCUCAUCCAGAAACGCAAAAUGGUGGUACUCCGCCUUCCACAACGUUACCGCCAUGGUUGGAGCCGGUGUUCUAAGUCUCCCUUACGCAAUGUCGAAUCUUGGAUGGGGUCCCGGUGUUACAGUUCUAGUUAUAUCAUGGGUUAUAACUCUAUACACGUUAUGGCAAAUGGUCGAGAUGCACGAAAUGGUACCCGGGAAACGAUUUGACAGGUACCACGAGCUCGGGCAGCACGCGUUUGGGGAAAAACUCGGUCUCUACAUCGUUGUUCCACAACAGUUGAUUGUAGAAGUUAGUGUAAACAUUGUUUACAUGGUCACUGGAGGAAAAUCAUUGCAGAAAUUUCAUGAUUUAGUUUGCGGCCAUAACUGUAAAGACAUCAAGCUUACCUAUUUCAUUAUGAUCUUUGCUUCCGUGCAUUUUGUCCUGUCACAUCUUCCGAAUUUUAAUUCCAUAUCCGGAGUCUCGUUGGCUGCAGCCGUCAUGUCUCUCAGUUACUCUACUAUUGCGUGGUCAGCGUCUGUGAAAAAGGGCGUACAACCAAACGUAGAAUACGGUUACAAAGCUAAGAGCACAAUUGGCACUGUGUUCAACUUCUUUAGUGCACUGGGUGAUGUGGCCUUCGCAUAUGCGGGUCACAACGUGGUGUUGGAAAUCCAAGCCACAAUACCAUCAACCCCGGAAAAGCCAUCAAAGGGUCCUAUGUGGAAAGGUGUGAUUGUUGCGUAUAUAGUCGUUGCCUUAUGCUAUUUCCCGGUUGCUCUUAUCGGAUACUGGACGUAUGGAAACGGAGUUUCAGAUAAUAUACUUAUUAGUUUAAAUAAGCCCACCUGGCUAAUUGCCAUGGCUAAUAUGUUCGUCGUGGUUCACGUUAUCGGUAGUUACCAGAUCUAUGCAAUGCCGGUCUUUGACAUGAUUGAAACCGUAUUGGUAAAGAAGUUGAACUUUACCCCUAGUUUCAUGUUGCGGUUUAUCACGAGGAAUAUAUACGUUGCAUUAACAAUGUUCAUAGGCAUUUGCUUCCCGUUCUUCGGUGGACUACUCGGAUUCUUUGGAGGUUUUGCAUUCGCCCCGACAACAUACUUCUUGCCUUGCAUAAUGUGGUUGUCCAUAGUCAAACCCAAAAAGUGGAGCCUGUCUUGGUUUACUAACUGGAUCUGUAUUAUACUUGGACUUGCUUUGAUGAUUGUAUCACCUAUUGGCGGGUUAAGAUCGAUCAUUGUUCAAGCCAAAGACUACGAGUUUUUCUCAUAAGCAUCAAGCUGUAUGUUCGUGUGUAGGAUUUAGACUGAAUAUAAGUGAAAAGGUUCAUGAUGAUACCAAAAGCUAUUCGGGAAUGGUUACUGUUGAAAAGAGUGUUCAUAAGGAAGAAAGUGGCGCCAAAGAAAAUACCAGCAAGCAUUUCAGCUUUUUUAUCUAUAUUUUUUUUUUCAUAUUUGAAGUUAUUGUGUGUGCAUAUAUUUAAAAAUACUUCUACUUGUAUUUGUAGAUGUGAAUUACUGAAUUGUACCCCCAAAGUUUAUAUUUGCUACCUGUAUACUAUGAUAUAAAGCUAGUGUCUUGAUCA